AAGCGCAUCAAAGUUCUUGAAAGUUGUAUGAGUAAAGUUUUAAGUUCUUGUGCGCUCGUGCAUCAACAUCGUACAAGAAAAAAAUAAUGUCCGGUCGUCCCCCGUUUUCAUUGGCGGGAGACAACGGCUCGCCCAGUGAGCUUUACGGUGGCGGAAAGAAACACUGGCUCCGCCGCCUCCGACUGGACUACCGGCCUUGUGCAGCCCCGUCUUUUGCUGCAGCCGUGGAUGAUCGAUAUCGAGAUGACGAACAAAGCGACAGCCCACUCGGCCCGGAGUUCUGCCUGCGGGAUCGGACCGCGCCCGGCUGCAAGCAGGAGGAGGGGCUCCGGUCCAUUUGGGCCAGCGCGGAUCGCAAGGCACGUGAGUGCUUGAAUGCUUUGUAUCUGGUGAACAUGAAGACUACCAGUGGAGGCACUACUAAAAUUGGAAGUAGUAGUAACAAGCAUACCUUGGGCGCCGACCAACCGCCACCGUACCCGGCCCGGCUGGCGAUACGAGUGUACCCCGAGUUCUUUUUCACCGUGAAAAGCUACCAAGCUGUGCUGACCGAACGCGAACGCCAGGAGAAUGCGUUUGUGUUCGGCGAUGGUGUGCACGGGCAGGGGUACUACCUGAUCCGUGAACGAGAGGAAGAGGCAGCGAGUUCUGAAUUUGGGAUAAGUGGAAGUGCAAUUACCGGCACCACGGUUGCAUCCUCAAGCUCGUCCCAUCCUCAUCCUUUUGCAAAAGUCUUGAAGUCGUCCGCCUCCGCGGGAUCAUCUUCAUCUUCGAGGGGCGCCGCUGCAGCAAGACGCGCGUCCAUGAUUUUGCGUCCCGCGUUCCGCGGAGGCUUCAUCGGUCCGCGCGAGGGGUUUUUCUUCGGUAGGACCACCCCAGAACAGGGAAGGAUACUGGGGUACUACCCGCAGCGGCUGCCAGAGGAAGAGAUCGACUUCGAGCUCGCCCCGAAGUUUACUGGUCCGCGACCCGGCUUUUUCUUCGGAACGCGCCCGAUCCGCGACGGCGGCCGAGAGCAUGCAGCUACAGUGCUCUAUUUGGGUUACCACCGGGACAAAGCGAAGGCCUUCGCGGCGUCCUCCAGUGAGGCUCUUCAUCUUUCCGUUGCGCAGCAGCAGCUCGAGCAGCAGCAGCCAUCGGCGGCCGCACUGUCGUCGAAAAUAUUGAGGACGCUCGCGGCCCAAAACAAAUCAAAGUCACUGCAAGCGAAGGAAUUGUCGUCGAAUGGUGCAACAGCGUCCCGAGCGCAUGCUGCAGCUGGAACGCCGGGGGCAAAUGCGAAUACGGAUAUUUUUGCCGAUUCGACGAGGACCCCGAGAGACGACAGGGGCGACGCGAGUGCAAGUGCGCAAUACAGUGGCGACCAAACCCAAGCUCCUUCCGGUCGGGUAGGGACGAAUUUUUCAAUCACUUUUUCGUCCACUUCCGCGGGGGCCGUGAUGCGACCCUUUGACCCUGGCGCGGUCACCGGGGCCCGAAUUUUGGACAUCGUGCUGGAACUUGCAAAGUAUGACGCAUCUGCCCGUGAAUUCCUCAAAUUGCUCCUGCACCGUCCUUCCACAAUCGAUGCCUGGAAGUCAUGCACGGGUCUGUCCUACAGCGUUCCGAGUCUUACUGAUUGUUCAAAAGACGACGCCGGAAAGCAAAAAUUGAUGCUGAACAAGGAGCACGGCGCCAGCAGCGGCUCCAGCACCGGUGCCGCGGCCGCAAGCAAAGACAAAGAGCCACUCGUGGGCCGAGCGUUGAGCUCGGUGCUGAAACGUCCCCGGUUUGAUGCUGCGUGGUUGCAGGGUGGGCACAAGAGUUAUUCGUUGCGUCAAUUUGUGUUUGACCGUGCCCUACUGGCCUUCAUGUACCAAAUAUCCAGCAUGGCGUGGCGACCGUUCUUCAACGAGCAUCGUGUGCUUGCCGCGAUGCCGAAUGCGCGGCUGUUGAACAACGCUUUCCGGUUGAAAGGAGAGGGGAAGACCAUCGAGAAGCAGAUUCAGGUUCUGCAGUCCGUCUCCAAACCAGCCUGGGCGCAGCGCCGUGUCGGGUCGCCGCCUGGGCGCGCCUCGUCAGCCUGGAUGGGCGGCCACGCAGCUUACCAAGCGGAAGGCGAUGUGUAUCACUGGGCGCGCACUAGCAACAACUUCAUGCAGAAGAGCCUGCUUUACAAGGUAGUCCUUCGGAAAGAUACACACUACACCUGUUGCAGUUUCAUAAUUCUAGCACGCUGGAUUUGAUUGACAUGGCUCUUGUUCAGUUGUAUGUGACAUCAACAAACAUGGAAACAAUUGCAAACACGAAGACAAAACGCUGAGUGUUUUAGUUUUCCAGUUCGGUGGUCGGGUUCCAAUGACUAAGAAUAAAAAGCAGGAAGGUGCAGUUGUGGUUGAUCAGCUUUUCUUCUCAUUGAAAAACGUACUAACACAGGCGACCAACAAAUCCCUGGCAGAUGACGACCUCGGCAUCAACAGCCACUCUGUGUUGGCCUUCGGGAGCGUACAACCGAACGUGAACCAGUAUGAAGGUGGGCGCUACAACAAUGCCCACACAACGACGUAUGGUCCAAACGCAAACGCCAGCGGUGCACCACUGUCCGCACGCUGGGGCACGCACAGUGGCAUGUUUACGCCCAGGGAAGCAUCUUUGCAGAUGACCCCGCGAUCUGCGCGCUUGCAAUUCGAUGGUGGUAGCAGUGGGACGCCUUUUUGCGUUGAAAACGAUGCCCUCGGUGGCAAUGACACCAUCCUCACCGCUCCUGGAGCUUCUGCUGACACGUGUUCGCUGGAAUUGGAUCUUUCCUCUUGCUUUCGCGCGAUGCAUGAUCGCCUGAUGUGGCAACCUGUAGCGGUGAGCUCCCAGUAUCGGUUUGUGCCGCAGAACCGGAAAUCCAUCCUGAAACACGAACAACAAAUGAACGCGGACACGGUGCUGGCGUCGUGGGUGAACAGAGGAAACAAUCCGCGGGACAAAGGCAAACUUUGGGCCGCGAGAGAGUUUGAUCCGAGCUAUUCAAGUCGUACCGCCGGCGGGGGCAAGACCAAGAGCGAGAACCACAUUGUGGACAUGAAGACAAUGCCCGCCGACUGGAGCAAGAAGUUUCCCUUACGUCAUGACCAGAUGGCGGCCGUGACCUGGAUGCGCGAGCGCGAGUUGCGAGCGAAGCCUUUCCGGGUUGAGUACGAGCGGAUGCUGGAGGGCAAUUUCUUCCUGCAGGAUUUGGCCAACUGGGAUUUGGAGCUCCGAAUGCAGGCGGACUACUCUGCCCGGGGCGGCGUUUUGGCAAACCCGGUGGGUGCCGGAAAGACCGCGACCGUGCUGGGUUUGAUUGCGCUGGACAAAGAAGCUCCGUUACCGUGUGACGAGCCCGGGGCAAUGCCGCAGAAGCCACCGACCCGAUUCCCAAAAGGGUUCGAGCACGACCGCAAACCAAAGCAGCCGGUCGCAACGGCGGCGGACAGCGACGAAGAGGAAACCUCGUCUUCCCCCGCAGCAGCUGCGCCCCUUUUGGAAGCAGGCUCGUCUACUAAGAAUAAGAAACUGAACAAACGAAGCCGCGGACGAGGAGCGAAAUCAACGUCUGAAGACGCACAUCAAACUCGAGCAGCGAAAUUUUCUCGCCAGACACCUUCUCGCAAGACACCUUCACCUUCCAAAAAAUUGCCGUCUGCCGUUGUCGCGAAGGCAAAAGCCUGCGGCAGCGUCAAGAAGAGUAACAGCAAAGUGAAACCAACGGCGAAGGGAAAAGCCACUGUCGCGAAGAGCAAGGCAGCUGGAAAUAAGGCGAAAGCGUCGCCUCCGCCGUCAGGAGGUCGAGCAGCGCUUCAACAUAUUAACGACGUCGUGCCUCCUUCUACUCAAACCGCCGCGGCGAGCGCAUCAUCGUCUUCUGGUCCGCCCAACGCGAGAGAUGGAGGCAAAAGCAAGAAGAAAAAAGUCGGGUCCUCUUCGGACGCAACUUCGAAAUCCGUUGCCGACCAGGUGCGAAAAGUCUUCAGCGACCAGGAGGCACAGGUUUUGGACCACGACUGCUUUUUUCCGAGCAAGGCGACUCUUGUUUUUGUCCCCGGCCACCUGGUGGACCAGUGGGAGCGGGAAAUUGCUAAGUUCAUGCCCGAUCACAAGCUCAAUAUCCUCGCGCUGCGCAACGUCAACCCCCUCAAGCUGCUCACCGUCGGCGACAUCCAGCGGGCAGACAUCGUGAUUUGCAGCUACCGCAUCCUCUUCUCAGAGAACUACCAGCGCCUGCGGUUGAAAGAGCUGCUGUUUGGCUUCGGUGCGCAUUUUUUGAAAAAACCAGGCAACGCAGCUGCAACAACUUCUGCCACGACGAAAACAGAAAGUGAAAAAGAACCGAAGAAAGUUGGCAGUGAAGAGGACGAGGUGCUGGAGGCUGCGUCACAACGGGAAGGUUUCCGUUCUCCAGCUGCAGCGAUGACCUCGGCCGCAACGCUGCCGACCGAAGCGAACAAGGAAACAAAUAUUGACGGGGGUGACACAAACACCAUGUUAUCUGCGUCUGGGCCGACACAGACUCAGACGCUGAAUCUGAACUAUAGACCGACGAGCAGAAGUGGUGCACGACCUCAGGCGAUAACGAUUCUGAAGACAGAAAACCAGCAGCAGCAGGGAGGCAAGAGCAGUAGUUCCUCGGCAGCAGGAGGAGAAAAUCAACAACCCAGCUCGUUCGCAAUGGCGCACAGGCCUGAUCUUUCCCUCUGGAUUCAGGAUCGCAAGUACGGGAUUCGCACCAAGAAACGCAAGGUUGACUCUAUCCUCUCCGUAAUGGACCACGGAGCGCGUGCGGUAGUGGAUGCCACGGGCGUGGUUCCGAAUGAGAAGAACAAGUACAACAAGAAAAGAUUUGUCGAGGAGGAGCAAAAUAAACCGCUGUCCACCGUGUUGCAGGGACCCGCAAAGGAGCGCUUCAAAUCCUGGCACUUCUCAGACCGCGAGCGAACGAUGCUCCAUUCGCUGCUGAAGGAGCAGGUGCGAGAGUUUCGCAAGAACCCGACGCAUUUCCAGCACUGGCACGACAGUCAACGCGAUGGUGUCAAGUACUUUCGAUCGAUCCACCGGCAAGCCUUGCUUGUCGCCGCGGCGGUUGAGACGGCGUCCCGCGCAAACAAAAGUUUAAGCGAGAGGGCCGAGCAGCGGCGCGCCGCAUUGUUGGAGAAGCUAGCGCAAGAAUUGUCGGACGAUGGCGACGAAAGACCACCGCAAGCAGAGAGCGACGGCAGCGAGCCAGAUUCACCUCUUGCACAAGAGAUACAAAACGCGCAAGGAAAAGCGAAAAAGAAAAAGCCGCGGCCACGAGGGCGACCGCGGCUGAAGCCGAAGCCCAUCGAGGCUGCUCCGAAAGCGAAAGUACUAGCUCAGAAACCCAAAGUUCUCGUUGCCUCAGUCCUACUGAAGAAGCCGAAGCGGAAAGAAACCCGGCUUGUUCCGCCUGGCGGUGGCAAAAACAAAAAGCUGCUGACCAAAAAGAAGGAGAACAAAGCAAGUCCGGGUAAAAGCAAACAAAAACGCCACACACCGGGUAGGAAGAGGCCUGGGAAAGAGAUGUCAGAGCUGCUCGCGAGUCCUGACAAGGUCGCCGAGCCGCGCGAAGACUCGCUCCAAGACACGGAGUACUUCACGAAUUGCGUGCGCGAGUUUCGGAGAGCCCGGCUGCUUGGCACGGAAGAGGAGUGCGCCACCGCGCUCGAGAUCCACGAAGCCCAGGACCUUCGCUUCCCGCUACUGGAGAUGUUUCUCUGGCGUCGUGUGGUGUUUGACGAGAUGCACGAGCUGGAAUCGUUCAAUCCGAAAGAAGUGGACAUUCUGCUGCGGUUCCGCGCCCUGUUCAAGUGGGGACUGACCGGCUCCCCCGCGGCCUUCUCGGUUCGAUCCGUCAACGCCAUGGCCUCGCUCUUGUCCAUCGAUCUGCUCGGCGUGUCAAAGGAGGAAUCCGGUCUGUUGGACCAGGUCCACCAGUACGCCGAGGCGUGCGCUGUGACGCAGGGCGGGGACCGGGGCGGGGCCUUGAGCGAGCACCUAGCCACCUAUCUCGCUCAGGACGAAUACAACUUCGACGCGGUGACGCAGCGGCUCAAAGCCUGCGUGGACUGGUUCUGUAAUUGCUGCGGUGCAAAGCUGCUUGUGUCCCACAAGAUGCCGCAGGUCUUUCGCGGUACAGUCCGCUGUGGCGAGUGCGGCGCCGCGAACCACGCAGAGGUCCAGUUCCGCCGGCGCACGAGGCUCGACGAGGACGCAGACUCGCCCUCCAACAUCAAUAGCUCCCCGCAGCCACUGCCCGAGGUUGGCAGUCGGGUCUACGACCCCUCGCUACGCUGGUCGGCGUCUAACUUGAUGACCACGAAUUUGGUGGAGGCCGCCAGCAGCCGCAAUUCGCGCACGCGCAUGUACGUGGAGGAUCGGCCGCUGAGCAGCGACUUGGCCUACGUGGUCCAAAACGACGACGUGGACAGAAGGCGUCUCCACGCCUUGCAGUAUCGAAACGUGAAUUGCGGGGUGCGGUGGACGGUCCCUUUGGACGUUGCUGAUGCUGGAGGGAAAGGCGAUCGACUGAGCCGUAGCAAUCCAAAUCCUAGGCAGGAUAUCUUUCAGCUGAAGAACAAGACACAGCAUCACGACGUUCUUGACGAGGAUGUUGAGGCUCGCCGGCUGCACGACCAUGAUGUAGCUCCUGAGAACGCGCUUGUUCCCGUGACAAGAUCGGCCGAUCAUAACGCAAACGCAAUAGCCGAGAGCAGACAGAAGAUCGUGACGAGGAGCGCCAGUGCUAUCGCUGUCAAAUCGUCUAUUGCGAUCCCUUCCUUUUCGCUGAGACGGGAAGACAUGCUCUACUCAGAUUUUCAACGGCAACUGGUGAAGCUCGAGGGCCGGCUGGACAAUGCGGACUAUCCAAAGAAAAAAACCCAUCCACAUCCAAUUUGUCAUGCAAAACACGUAUAAAAUCAUGUGUUUGUCAUGCAAAAAAUGGAUGUCGAUGAGUUUUUUUCUGUGGAAACGGACGGUCGCGACAGUAGUAGCAGCUCGUCGUCGGCGGACGAAGGUGCUGGGCAGGAGUACGACGACGUUAAUGCUUUGCGAGAAGCGGAGCGAGAAGAGGCUGUCCUUGGCAUGAGCAGCAUUCGAAAUAAAACAUCGAACAGCGGGGGAUUCGAGCUUGCUGGCCUGAAGAGUUUCGCAACCGUUACCGCACAAAUGCGAACAGAGACCUUGCUCUCGCCAGGCAGCGAAGAUCAUGGCUCUUCCUUCGUGGACGUUGCAGACAAAGUCGCGCAGCGGAGCAAUCCUCCUGGGCUGACGCCAGCACAGCAGGCAGGGGUGCAGUCCAUCCCAGGGCUAGAAGAUGAUGGCAUCGUGGAGCCCGUUGCUGGUUUGCUGUCUGCGGCUUCACGCCAACUGGUCGUCGCAGCGGAAGUGAAGCAUUCGUCCCCAACCGCUGUAAACCCUUUCAACGCAGCCGAGGACCGGCAUUUUCGGAUCGCCGAGGAGAGACGGAUGAUGCGCGAACUCGACCGCUUCCGCAAAACCGCGCAGCCGCGACUCGUCGCCGUUCCCUCGGCGUUUGCGCUGCAGCGCUGGAGCACGCUGGCCCGGCACCCCUUCGAGCGGUCCGCCACAUACCAGCAGAACGCCGCGCGGUUCCUUCGCGAAUUUGCGUGGCGGCGGUCCUACCCGUUGCGCGUCCGCGUGGUCCAACACGUCGUUUAUGUCACACAGAUGCCACAGGAGCGAGCCUUGUACUUGAACCGCGUCCAGUCGCUGCCGACCUGUCGGGAAGUCUACGAGUUGCCCGCCGCCGAUGGCGUGGUCACGAGCACAACCCGCGGGGGAACCCAGCGCGACGCGGGGCAGCAGUUUGCCACUGGGAAGCACAUACCGAUCUCUAAUGUGGAAAUCGAGCGCCGUCGCGAAUUGCUGGAGCUAUGCUCGCACUUCGCAAAAGGUAGGAAGUACGAGAGAUGCUGCGCUUUUUUUAGAGACCACCACCCGAGAGAAACUUCAUUUUGAUGAUGAGCUGCUGCGUCUGAUGGCUUUAGUACUAUCUUCAGACGAGCAGGUCAUGAGUCGGUGUGGGCUAAAGAACAAGAAGUAGAUGUAGGUCUGCUUAUAAAGGACACGCAUGAUCUCUCUUUGUCGCGUACGCGUUCGAUUUCCACGCCACAAGAAAACGCCCAACCAAAAAAUCAGGCACGCACGGUUCUGUCACCGGCGAGGUUCUUCGCGUGCUUGCUAAACGGCGCGCUGAUGUCGAGUCCGAUCUUGCCCAGGUCGCCUAUUUCUUGAAGCAGCUGGAGUGUUGUUUGCGCGUGCGCGUAUUGGGGGCAGAGUCUCGAAGCAGCUCAGGAUCGUCGUCGUCGGCCGCCGAGGGCGAGAACGAGGAGGAAGAGCCGGGUCUCUUUUCGUCUUUUUUCCCGACCACCAUGGGCAAAAACGUCCGCAAGCAGCGGGACAAAUAUUACAGUGGCAGUGUUCUUGGGAGGAGCAACGUGCGGGUGAUGAAACGCAAAGACUACAAGGAGACGGAAAACUCCGGACCGUGGGCAUCACAAUCGGUUGCAAACUUGAUGAGGGCUAAUGAUGCUAGCAUGGUACACGAGAAGGGUCUUCCCAAACACUUGUCGGAGAAAAUUCGAGCUGUGAUGUUUCAUCCAACGUCAAGUGCGGACACAGCCAGCGGCUCGGGUGGAGCCGCCUCGUCUUCGUCGUCCUCGGCACCAAGGAGCGGAGGUCCCUUGUUGGUGACAAAGACAGGCGCGGUGGUAUCAUCGACAACACUUGCAAUCAUCGCUGCGUCUGGUGCCGAUACCAUCAAGAACAGCGACCCUGUGUCGAACAAGGACAGACGUAGUGCCAGAGACGGGCUCGGUCCGGGGGAGCGCGCUACGCUGCUGGGCGGUGGUGGGGCGUCAUCGUCUUCCUCGACCCUGUUGCCCCCAUUGUCUUCCUCUUCUAGUAGUAGCGCCGCCGGUGUGCAGCAAAAUUUGGUUUCGGGCUCGACCAACUAUGACCCGUUUGACUUGGAUAUGAUAGUGGAUGCGGACGACGUCGAGUUCCCCCUCGCUGCGGGUAACUACAAGACAUCGAACGAAGACCGCACACAGCUGCUACCGGACCCGGUAUUGAGAAAGUUGCGUGACCUGGAGAAACGCGCAGACGAAAAUGCGGCAGCUUCCGGGUCGUCCGCAGAGGAGCAAGAAAGCGGCCAAGAACCUUUGGACUUACCGGGCAUCGUAACCAGGCUGCUGCGCCUGUGGAACGAAGAAGUUCCCGUGCUCGCAUCCCGGUCCAUAUUCCACGAUGCUUUCAAAGAGAACCGACCUGGGGACGGGGAUCGGCUGGACGCGCUGGAAAACCUGGGAACCCUCUCCCGCCGGAAAAAGGAGGAGCAGUUGCAGAUGCACGAGCGCGACCUGUCGCAGCUCAUUUGUGCACAACUGGACCGGUUGCUGACCGCCUAUCAGCACUACAACUUCUUCCGCAAGACGCUGGACGUGUACGCCGACUCCACCGCCAGCUCCGCAGCCUCGUCGGUCGGCGGAGAUGUUGGGGACCACCUGAGUGGUGUUGGCAGUGCGAAGAAGAACCUCGAGGCUUUUCUUUCUGAUGGCAACACCUCUGCGCGAAGCUCCUCUUCAGGAUCGUCAGGGUCCGCCGGAAACAACAUCUCCAGUGAUCAGAAAGUACUAGCACUAGACCAGCAGAGCAUGAACAACAAACUCGCUGAGGAUGCAAUAGAAGAGGUGGUCUCGUCCGCUAAAAACGAGAAGCUGCAGCUCUCGUCGACCACCUUUCCGCAGGCCGAUGCGGCUGCCAGUUUCACAACGAGAGUUGAUGCGGCCGCAACAGGCGAAAAUAAUGCGGUCGUCGCCACAGCUAAUGCCGCGAUUGCAGUGCCAGCGCAGCUCCAGCCGAGUGGUAAUAUCACAACUUCGCAUGGCAUCAAGAACCCGUCCAGGGCGGACCAGCGCUACUGCGCAAUUUGCACGGAAUACCACGACGUGUCCGAGCUGGGAAUCACUCCGUGCGCGCACGUUUUCUGCGUAGUUUGUCUGAACGCGAUGGUGGAGAACCAGUAUGCAUUGCAAAAGUAUGGUACUAGUAUAAAUUGCAUUACAAAUUUUGGCAAGAAGAGAAGUCAAAUUUGUAAUGCUGUUUUACCUUAGGAAGAAGAUUUGUCAUGCAUAUUUGCAAUUAGUACGAGUGCGAUACUUUUGCACAGGAUAACCAGCGGAAGUGCGCGAUUUGCCGGCAGCCCUUGCACGAGAAGGACAUUUUGUCGCUCUCUUCGGAGCUGCAUGCCUGGAAGACGGAGGUGGUGCAGCAAGAAGAGCAGGCUACCAUGGCGACGCUGGGCCAAGUAGGCAAGCGAUUCCGCUACCAGAAACUCACGCGCGGCAGUCUGCUUUCGCCCGCCGUGAAUGAAGGAGGUGCUGUGUUCGAUCAGCCGGAAGCUCUUCUAGAGCCUCCGCGAAAGAUAUCAAAAAAGAUGACCAUGAAAGAUAUCAAGAAGAGCGUGGAGCAACAAGACCACUCGCCCACCCACGGCCGCUUUUACCCAGCCAAAAGACAGAAGCAGAGUCCUGACGGAAAAAAGAGUCAGAAAAAUUUUGCUGGAGGAGCGCAGAACAGGAAAAAUGCAACCACCACUACGUCCGAUGAGGAGCUUGACCCGCAAUGCUCCGCGGUGACAAUAUUGGAGGACGUCGCAGGGCCGAUCGACUUCGUCCGGACGUUGAUCCCCAAAGGACAAAUCGCUUUUCCAGUAGCAGCGAAUGUUGGCAGCACGACCGCCAACGACUCAUCUACUUCGUCCGCGUCGUCUUCGUCCUCCUCGGCAGGAGCUGGCAAUGGAAAAAAUGAAGCCGCCGUGAGCAGCACAACUUCAACUGUAUGGAAGAGUCAGAAUCGAAAUCAACAAAAUCGAAAUAAUUUGUGAUGCAUAAAAUCGAUACCAGUUGGAGCCUCAGUUUCCAAGUAGUGCAUGACAAAUUUCGGGAGAACCAAAAUCCAGUCCGUCAUGCUGCUUGGGAAACGGAGACUGCUCCUGUCAUGCUACCCGGGAAGCACAUCGCCUUCCCCUAAACAGGCUUGCAAGCGGUUUCACUUGCCUGCUCCCCAACACAGGCUGCGCGUGCCCUACAUUUUAUGCAUGACAAACUAUUUCGAUUUUGUCCAUUUCGAUCCUGACGCAUCCAUAAACUGAGAAAGAGUUGUAUCCCCUCGUAGACAUAGCGGCGACGUACGGGUCGAAGAUGCAGAAGCUAGCGGAGCUACUGACGAAAAUCAAGGGCGACGACAAAAACGCAAAGAUCCUGGUCUACUCCCAGUGGGACAAGGGAAACAAGUUGGCCUUCGAAGCCCUGCAGAACCUCCAACACUUGAGCUGCCACCUGUUCAACGGCGGCGUUGCCGCGAAAGCACGCCUCCUUCGCCGGUUCGCGGACGCCGAGCCGGGAAAGGCAUCAUUAGACGUGCUGUUGAUUAUGGGACUCUCAAAUGUUACAUUCUCAACUGUUACACGAUUUGUCAUGCAAAAUUUCCGUCAAUAGCUACAUGAUCAAGCUGCUUCGCAUGACAAAUUCCCGAAGAGCUGCCAGGCUGAAAAUCUACUGUGCCAAAUCUGUCAUGCAAGAUGCGCUAGGUCUCCCGUCCCCUUUCACGUUUGCCAUUCCUGCAUCACAAAUUCAUGCAACAGGAGUUGAGAAUGUAACGUUUGAGAACACCAUAUUGAUCCCCCUGGACUUCGGGGCCAGCGGUUUGAACAUGGUGCUCGCACAGCACAUCGUCUUCGUGCACCCCUUAUCAACUGCAAAAAUGUCUGGGUCUGGAAAGUUGGAACUUGUGAUGCAAAUUUUGGAAUCUAGAAAACUCUGUAUUGCAUGACCAGCAAGAGGAGUCCAGUUUCUGCUAUGCGGGGAGGCCAUUUGUCAUGCGGAAUAGGCAUCAAGAAGCACUCAGAAAAUCUGUGAUGCCAGGGAAUACAUCACAGACGUCACGGGCCAUGUGAAAUCUGCAUGACAAGUUCGCAUCCUUCCAGACCCAGACACUUUUGCAUUUGAUACCCCUUCAGUUUUCCCUCCGUCGCCCAGACGCGGGCCGCGGAGGCGCAGGCCAUCGGCCGGGUGUGCCGGCCGGGGCAGGCACGCGGAGACAUCCACGUGUGGCGACUCUGCACUUUGAACACUGUGGAGGAGGAACUUAUCAACGAACGGUGCGGAAAUGGCUCCUCGACGGGUGGGAAUGUUUUUCAUGAGGAGCAGGCUGCUCCUGCGUGA